GAAUGAGGGAAUUCAAAGUUUGCGUUUAAUGGGUUUGGCAGCAGCUUCUGUUCCAUUUUGACGAGCUGGUAGACCAGAAUGGAACAAUGUCGUAAUAGAAAUUCUCAACAGAAACUGUCCAGUAGCUUUUCCACCGCCGAGCAGUUCGAAGAAAAUGACUGACGUGAAGUAUUGCCCGAUAUGUACGAAAUCUGCUAGUCUGCCGUGCAGCAGCUGUAAGAAUGCAGUUUACUGUAGCCAAGAGCAUCAAUUGUCACAUUCGCCGGAACACAAACAUCAACGCAGCCCUGUAAAGGUAGCAUUUUCUGAAAAAUAUGGUCGCUACUUAAUUGCUACGAGAGAUUUGAAGGCUGGAGAGUUAAUACUUCGUGAAUCUCCAUUUAUCUUGGGACCCAAGUCUUUCACUUUGCCAGUCUGUCUGGGAUGUCAUCGAGAAUUUUCAAAAGGAGAUGUAAUUGAAAACUGUGAACGUUGUGGAUGGCCAGUUUGCAGCGUGAACUGUUCAAACGCAACGAUACAUGCUAACGAAUGCGAAGUGUUCGUAAGGGCCAAUUACAAGGCGCCUGUCAUAUCUGCAAAUUUUGAAAAAAUUCCAGCCUACGGGAUACUGACUCCCUUGAGGUGUUUGUUGCUUGCCAAUCAAGAUAAGGAUAAACUGAAUUAUUUACAAGGACACCUUCAAGAGAGAUAUAAUACUCCACUCUAUCAAGGGUACCGCUAUGGCGUUGUACUGGUAAUUAAAAAAAUGUUGAAACUUCCAUACGAGGAAGAAGACAUUUUAAACGUAUGUGCUAUCCUCGAUACCAAUUCAUUCGAUGUCCGCGGAGCAUCGAAACAACGAGCCAGAGCAAUCUAUUAUCAAUCUGCCAUGAUGUCCCAUGAUUGCUCGCCCAAUACAAGACAUACUUUUGAUCCUGAGACUCUCGAAAUUAUUCUGUACACGACUAAAUUUGUACCAAAAGGCGAAUCUUUGACGGCCACGUACACACAGACACUUUGGAACACUACUAGAAGAAGGGCUCAUCUUAAAGUUGCCAAAUGUUUUGAUUGUUCAUGCAACAGGUGUUCGGAUCCUACAGAAUUUGGGACUUACGCAGGAUCAAUAAAAUGUUCCGAAUGUUCUGGAUUUAUUUGCAGUACUAAUCCACUGGAUUGUAUUGCGGACUGGAAAUGUAAUAACUGUGGUGAAAUUACACUGGCAAAUGAAAUGACUUGGAACGAUGAAGUGAUUCGUUCGGAAAUCCGUUCUCUGGAAUUAACUGAUCCAAAUGAAUUGGAAGGAUUUUUAGAACGUUACAAAAAUACCUUACAUGAAACCAACAGUCAUGUAAUUGAAGUGAAAUAUGCACUGACACAAUUGUACAGUGGGGAAUAUGGCACUGCAGAUAAAAUUAUAACUGAACGAUUGGAAAGACGUAUUGAAUUUUGUCGUGAACUUUUGGCUGUUGCAGAAAAAUUGGAUGCUGGAGCUACAAAGUGGCGUGGUCAACUCUUACUUAACUUACAGGAAGCACUAGUAGCCUGGGCCAAAAAAGAAUUUAAGCAAAAAAAUAUUACAAAAACAUUGCUACAGGAAAAUUUGAAUAUGGCUACAGAAUAUUUAAAAGAAGCCGCUUCUAUUCUACAGGUGGAUCGAGAUUUAUGCACAGCGUUACCGAAACACAUGAAAAAUUUGAAGAUGGCGGUUAAAAAUUUAUAAAUUCACUUUACAUUUCAAAUUGGCUUGAUUUUGAAGAAAAUAAAUUUUAAAGGUUAAGUGAUUUUGGGUGUUAAGGGAAAAAAAAGCUGCAAGUUGAAACUUGCAAUUUGCUUCCUCCGAAUCGUAAGUAGUGUAC